UUCCGGUUACGGCAAUCAUCGGCCUCGUGUUGAAUUUGCAGUGCGAUUUACAGUAAUGUAACUUUGCAGUGAGAAGUAGAAAAAUUCAAAAGGAUCCGGCAGUAGUCCUGCCGCUCAGCCCUCUGUUUCUGGUAAGCGAAUACGUCCUUACGCCCGUAUUUUAUCCGUUUGGCUGUUGUUCUAAAUGCUGUAUUUAAUAUAUGUAUGUAUAUGUCAUAUAAGCUCUUUCAACGGCGGGCUGGGCUGUUCUGCGUUGAAAGCUGCUUGCUGAUGUUGUUUCCAAAGACCUUAGUUUCUUGUUCUACAUACUAACUUGCUAAGUUGGAUAUUUUGUGUCAUCUUUUAUUUGCUUGUGUUAUUAUUGCUGAUUGUUCGAGUUUGUUGGACAAUUCUUGAUUGGCGGAACUUCUUAGGAACUUACAGAUUUAAAAAAUGUCCCCAAGAAUUAUGUCAGCUAGAUUUCAUGUUCAUUAUUUUAGUUCCGUUCUAGGCAUUGUUUGAUUUCUUAUUUAAUUCAUAGAAUGUCUAAGAAAUUUUCUCCCCGGAGAACUGUUUAACUCCAUAUUUUUAUUAGCGGGCCACCUAGAUAAUAUCAGCCCAUCAACAUCUACGUGACUGUGGUUCUGUAAAGACUUUGUGUAAGAACGGUUCUAUUUGGAGGUUAAGCAAUUUUGAUUAAAAAAAUAAAAACUCUUGGCUGUUCUUGUUGUUUGUUUGUUUGCUUGUUUGUCUUUUAUUUAUUGAUCACUAACCAAAUUGGUCAUUUAAUUUUAGUAUAUCAGUUUAUAAACUCAACAAAAUUAGAUAAAACGAGACUGUAAGUAAGCUUGUUCAAAUGGCCAAUGUUAUGUGCUUUAUGGAGGGGUUCAACUCCGGUGCAGUUGAAGACAAGUUUAGUUCUUCCAGUCAGGGUUUUGAGAGUCUGGAAUAUGGAACAGAAGCCUGCAAAAGGUCUCGAGAUAUUUAUUCGCUCGGUUCUGAUUAUGGAUUCCAUCCAGAUGAGUCAUCACUGGACAAUGGAUUUAUAGUCACAAAGUAUGAUCAAGAACAGCAGCAACAACUGUCAUGUUCAGAUUUUAGACUACUCGAUGGUGUAAGUUUUAACGUUGCUUCUCCACCAAUCCAAGCAUAUUUUGAGGAGAUGGUAAAGCUUGCUGGUGGAAUCCAAGAUGUGAUUGAACCCAAGAAGGAGAAGCAUGUUCAAUUUUCUUUCCCCGCACUUGAGCUCCUAAACAACUACAGAAGUGGGUUCAAGCGGCUGAAUGGGGAAGGACGAAUUAUUGAGCCAAGAAAUGAUACGGCAAAUACAGAGGGAGCAACCAAAAAGUUUUCGACUGAAGAAAUCUUUAGGUUUGCAGGAGAGAUUUUCAUCCAGUCUUCUUCCCAAAUAGUUGAUGGUCUUUCCAUGGUCAGCCAUCCUUUUAAUCUAUCUUUUUCUGGUCUUUCCAAUGAGGAAAUCAAAGAUGUGGAGCUAGCUGGUUUUCUUUUGGCUUCUGCAGAGAAAGUAGGCUGUCAAGAAUAUGACCGUGCGAAGAGAUUCCUGAAUCAGUGUGAUAGCUUGUCUUCUGAUACUGGAACUCCAGUCCAACGUAUAGUUUACUACUUUUCUGAAGCCCUUAAGGAAAAGAUUGAUCGAGAGACUGGUAGAUUCAAGUCAAAGGGAUUAGAGAGAGUGCAGAAAGUCGAUAUUGAUGAGGCAAUCAUGAGCCCAAAUCCUGCUACCCUGGCAUGUCAUCAAACAAUGCCUUUUGCACAGAUAACCCAAUUUGCAGGGAUCCAAGCCAUUAUAGACAAUAUGGCUGAGGCAAGCAGAGUUCAUAUAAUUGAUCUUGGAAUUAUGAGUGGGAUCCAAUGGGCAAUCCUGAUGCAAGCUCUUGCAUCACGUCAAGAGGGUCCUAUUGAGCUUCUUAAGAUAACUGCUAUUGGAACUACUUCAAAACAUUUGAUAGAGGAUACAGGUCGGCGGUUACGGAGUUUUGCUGAGAGCAUGAACUUACCCUUUUCUUUCAAGAUAGUUAUGGUCUCAGACAUUCUUGAUCUCAAAGAAAAUCUCUUUGAGACAGAUGCUACGGAGAUGGUUGCUGUCUUUUCUCAGUUCUUGCUAAGGAGCAUGAUUGUAGUUCCAGACCGGUUAGAAGCCUUAAUGAGGAUCAUCAGGAAGAUUAGUCCGUAUAUAAUGGUUGUUAUUGAGGUAGAGGCAAAUCUCAACUCACCAUUUUUUGUGAGCCGUUUCAUUGAAGCUCUUUUCUUUUACAGUGCAUAUUUUGAUUGUCUGGAAGCUUGCAUGAAAAGAGAUAAUGUCAAUAGGGUGGUUACUGAAUCUAGAUACUUUGGCGAGGGAAUCAGAAAUAUAUUGGCAGCUGAAGGAAAUGAAAGGAAGAUCCGAAAUGUGAAUAUUGAUGUUUGGAGGGCUUUCUUUGCUCGUUUUGGAAUGUUAGAGGCUGAUCUGAGCAUGUCAUCCCACUACCAAGCAAAACUUUUGACUGAAAAGUUCAAUUGUGGGAGUUCUUGUACUCUUGACAUGAAUGGAAAGUGCCUUAUUGUUGGGUGGAAGGGUACUCCACUUCUUUCUGUUUCUGCUUGGAAGUUCUAUUAAGAAGAACUGACCAUGAUAGUGAUGAUCUAAUUCAAGUACAUUGUUCCUUUCAGUCUCUAAUCUGAGGUCCUCAUAGGUAAUAUAAAAUGAAAUUUGUAGUUUGUUUCUUCUUGGUUCGGAACGUGGUUUGAGCAGAUCUAUUUGAUGCUUGAUGUCUUACUAUGAUGUUUUUAAAUAGGCAAGUAUCAUAUGGGAAGGAUCACGUAACAUCACUUUUGUUAACAUUGUGCUCUUAUACAGUCAAGCAAGCGUAUCCAAUUCA